UGUGCUGCUGUUCUAUGAGUUUAUUAAUAAAAAUGGCGUCUGCUAGUAAUGAAGUCGUUGUUGACAAAUGUAAAAUUGUUAUUAUUGGAGCAGGUAUGGCUGGUUUAUCUGCAGCUAACCACUUAUUAAAAAAUGGAAUCACUGACUUUAAAAUUUUGGAAGCAAGGGGACGUGUUGGAGGUCGUAUUGUAUCUAUCGAAACAGGGUGCCAGCGUGUGGAACUCGGAGCCAACUGGAUUCAUGGAGUUCUUGGCAAUCCUAUGUAUGAAUUAGCAAUGGCUAAUGGUUUAAUAGACAUUGUGCACAUCCCCAAGCCCCACAGAGUGGUUGCAUCUACUGAACAGGGCAAGCAAAUACCAUUUCAUUUAUUACAGGAGAUAUACGAAGCGUACGUCUGUUUCCUACGCCGGUGUGAAGAGUAUUUCCUGUCAAACUACCUGCCACCGGCGGGAGUGAACAGCGUCGGUCAGCACAUCAACCUGGAGGUGGCGUUGUUCCUCCAGCACGCCAUGGAGGGGGACGCAGAGAAGCGUCACCUUAGCGAGCUGAUCUUCGACUGCCUGCUGAAGCGGGAGACUUGCAUCACAGGCUGCCACUCCAUGGACGAGAUAGACCUGCUGGAGCUGGGCAGCUACUCAGAGCUGCAGGGAGGCAACAUCGUGCUGCCGUCGGGCUACAGCAGCAUCCUGAGCCCCGUCACCAGGGACAUCCCGGCCGACAGGAUAGUGUGCAGGUGUGCGGUGGCCGCCGUGCGAUGGCGGGCCGAUGCCUUCUCCUCGCACCUCGCCAGCCCUGGCGGAGACUCGGGGAUCGAACUGCUUGCCAAUGGCGAUGUCGGGAACGAGUCGGACGACUCCGACGAGACGGUGAAAGAGGAGCCGCUCGCAGGCGGCGGCGAGGAGCCACCUGGAGAUGUUUCGGAGCCCCGUAAGGUGAAAGGGGACCCGUCCACCUCCAAUUCCCUUGGACCUCCCGCGAACGUCGUGGUGGAGUGUGAGGACGGGAGGCGUUUCCUUGCAGACCACGUGAUAUGCACUGUGCCACUUGGAGUGUUGAAGGAAAAGGCUGCUACGUUAUUCUCGCCACCCUUGCCUCGGUACAAACUGGACUCUAUAGACAGGUUGCUGUUUGGGACGGUAGACAAAAUUAUUCUGGAGUACGACCGACCUUUCCUCAAUCCGGAUAUUUCGGAGGUGAUGCUGUUGUGGGAGAAGCAUGACUAUGAUGAGGAUUCACUUGAUGAUGAUUUGAGCAAGUGUUGGUUUCGCAAGAUCUACUCCUUCUCCAAGCUGUCGGACACUCUUCUGCUCGGCUGGAUCUCUGGCAAGGAGGCAGAGUACAUGGAAAAGCUCUCCCUCGAAGAAGUUGGUGACAAGUGUACAGAAAUCUUACGGAUGUUCCUCAACGAUCCAUUUGUUCCGAAACCUAAACGCUGCAUUUGCACCAGCUGGUUCAGCCAGCCCUUCACACGAGGAUCAUACACAGCCAUGGCUGUCGGGGCUUGCCAGGAAGACAUUGAGAACAUCGCUCAGCCUGUCUACAGCAGCCCCACACACAGGAAGCCGACGCUCCUGUUUGCGGGGGAGCACACGCACAGCAGCUUCUACUCCACGGUGCACGGGGCCUACCUCACGGGCAGGACGGCGGCACAGAUGCUCGUGGGCCCGGACUCCCCUGAGGAGACGGUCAUGGAGUGCGAAGGCACCAGCGACCUCAGCUCCUGGAUUCAGGGCAUAUCCCUCGACUGAGCGGCCUGCCGUCGGCCUUCUACAGACACGCGACGUCGUGUCGAUGCACAAGAAUCGUAUUGCUUUGCAACAACUGUCUGUGUACGUUGACAGUUCGCUUCCUUUGAAGGUUUUCUGUUUAGUAACUUACAGGUUGAUCAGACUAGCCAGAAGGAAUGUAUGCAAUUUGUGUCUGCAUGCUGGAUCAUGUGAUAAUUUUUGUAAUUUUUAAUACAGUUGGACUGAAGUGCGAUGUCGCCUCAUCUGUGCGCACACUACUGUAUCGAUACUGAGUUAUGUCGUAUGUGCAUUGGUACGGAUGUGCAGUUUAUGAGAACUGCACUCCUGGUAACUGUGUUGCAGCACCAGCGGGUUCAGUCCGCCCUUCACGCAAGGAUUGCACACAGCAAUCCUUAGAUUGCAGUGUGCAUUUAAAUGGGCAUUCACCUUCUCUUUCCAGAGCACAAUUUUUACCAUUAGCACUGUCCUUGUUUCGGUGUGCUCUGUUGCCAGAUGUACACUUCAUAUAACAUGCUGUAUCAUGGCACGUACGAAGCAGAUUACUGAAAAUGUUAUCUGUUGAUUACACUAUUGGUUCUAUAUGUAACUAAAUAUUGCAUUACUUCUUCAGACACUAUAACUUUAAUAAGGUAGUUCUUAAAAAAGGAUAUAAUUAUUACAAUUUGUGUUUCAAGAAAUGUAGUAUUUAUAGUAUUUAUUAUAUUGUAGUUAUGUCCGUAUAUCUCUAAAUUUUAAUACUAUUUAUGUUCGUAUUUUGGCGAAUAUGAGUAAUACUGUUUCCUUUCUUCCGCCUUCAGAAUCAAAUUAUGUUAUGCUGUGCUGUACCAUAGUUUUUUUACAAUAUAAUAUUUGGUUAGUACGGUUGCACUGAAAUGAACAGUCUGAAGUAGUGUAUUAUGAAAAUAGUGAAACACAUGUAUUUGAUAUAUACUCAAAGAAAUGUAGAAAAGUUUUCUAAAAUACAGGAAGGUGUAGGAAUGUUACAUAGUACACCAGACACCAAUAAGGGGUGUGAAGACAGAAGAGGUUUAGGAGAAAGUUCUGUUGUACAGUACUUGUUAAAAUGUGUGAUGUUAUUGGUUUCUAUAUGCCUAUGGCUAUGGUGAAUAUGGAUAAACAUAUUCUUGUUGAUGAAUUGAAGUAUCAAUACGUGCUGUUGACAUUAUAUUAGUAUUUUUAUAUUUUAUUAUGAUAUGUAGUGCUUGCAGUCCUUAUUUUGUGCCAUUUCAGAAUGUUUUGAACACUAGUUAAAUUUAGUUAAUUAUUUAGAGUACUUCCUAACCCCUGCAUAUAAAUAAACUCUUAAUUUUAUUCAAAGUGGAGGAAGGGGAAAGUUUAGUUCAUGUACGUAGUGGGUUCUCUUAGCAGUGAGACUGGUUCAUAAGUACAUUUGUACAUUUGUGUAAGAAAUUUGACUUGUGUAUUUGGGUGACAGUUGUUCACAAGUAAUUAUAAAGUUUUAUAUUAGAUGAAUGUGAGAGCAUUUCUCAGUAAUAUCAGACUGUUUGGCUAUUUUGUGAUUAGUGAUUGAAAACUUUUAAAAUCUAAUUCAGUUGUUAUUAACAAAAAAAAAAAAUUAAAGCUUACUAUACGUAUACAGUAAUAGUUGUAAUAGUCACUUCUUCAUACUGGAGACAAUGUGGUCUUGCAGUCUUUGCUAAAAUAUGAAACUUUAUCCAAAGCCUUACCUAAUUCAUCAGGAGCUUAGCCUUCUCUUACGUACAGUUUGAAUUUCUUUUCACUGUGCAUUUGUAUGCCUUUGGACAAUAGGUGACCUCGGCAUUACUCACUUCCAAGAUGGCAUCUCUUCGGACCUUGUUUGAGGUUUAUGCUGUUUGGUUGGAGAGGGCUUCACACCUCUCGCUCAUAAUGACACUAGCGGUUCCCACAGAAAUGUAUAACAUUUCCUUCUUUUUCUUCGUAUUAGGAAGCUGUACACCAGCAAAAAUUUAUUUGUGCGCUAUUCUACAACUGGAGAUACAAAUCCGUGAGACUGAGGUUGAUGGGGGGGGGGGGGGGGAGAGAGAGAGAGAGAGAGAGAGAGAGUGAGUGUGUGUGUGCAUGUGUGUGUGAGACAAAUGCCUGACAUGACAAGUCAUUAACAACAUUUGUUUGUGCUCUAUCCUUUAUCUUUGUGCCUCUUCACUUCACGGGACAGGAGCAUUCUUUUGGCUUAGCAGUGGAACCAAAGGGAAAUAAAACAAGGAUUAAUAAGUUUCAGAUAGUGAUGGCCCGAUAUCCAAAAACCCGAUACCGAUACUGAUUCCGAUAUUUCCAAAUUUACUGAUCCAAUACCCGAUACCCGAUACCCGAUAUUCCGAUAAUGGGCCUAUCUCAUUUCUAAUACUGAUUCUAUAAAAUUGUGGUUCUGGAGUAUUGUUAGAGACAAUACCUAGUGAAAAAUGUUAAAUAUUAAUAAAACAUACUUAUGUGAAUGUAUAUUAUUUUUAUUAAUUGUAAAAUAUUGUAAAUUCACAUUAAAUGAAAGCUAAUAACGAAAUUAUCAUAAUGGCCUACAAAUAAGCUCUCUAAAUUCAAAUUCACAAGUCACUGCAUGUACUUAGUCCAGUGUCUCAACUGUAAUCUACGAAAAAUACAGUCUGAAAAACAUCAAACUUUACCAACUUUUGUACCCAUUGUAAAAUUUCAUCACGGUAAACUACACGCUAGAAAGGAAGGUCUUCAAUUAGCAAAUUUUGUGACCAUUGUUCAAGUGUAUCACUCCAUUUAUUGGUGCGAAAACACGUUAAAAAUACGUGAAAAGUAAUUUCAAUACAACUUUGAAACGUACUGCAGAGUUUAUAAAACCACACAUCUUUAUUUAUGUUAUUCUCUUAUUGGCAAUGCACUCAAUAUAGCCAACAUAAUACCUUUUCUGCAACUUGCCCUACUUAAAUACGUUUCAUAUUUUAGCUUUUGUAAAACUUACGUAACGUCUUUGUAUAGAACAGCAGUUGGCGACCAUGAAACGACACGGAAAGGAAAUGCCUGUUAUAUCCUACUCUAUGGUCAUAUCAAGCAGCAACUUUAUUCUUCCCAAUGUUUACUUGCGGCUACACCACUUAUUAAAUUAAAUAUCGUAUUUAUUUUCGUUUAUGUUUUCAAUUUAUGUACACUUAGUGAACUUCGAAAAUUCAUCAAGCGAAAACAUUUUGCGAAUAUCUGAAACGAAUAAAUAUGCACUAAUGACUGGGAUUUGUGUACACAUGGAAGAAUUGUACCGUCGGGAUGCAUUGCAGUAUCAGAAUGAAGAAAUAGGCUUGAAAUUGUUUCAGUGGAAAAUAUGCUUAGAAUUACUAUGUAAUAUGGUGACGUGAAGAAAGAUAAAUUACGCCCGCGGAAAAUAAGCUUGGAAUUACAGUUGAGGUUAUGUGAGAAGUAUUAUUGGCGAGAGCAAACAUCGGUUAUCAAAAUAUCGCAAGUAUUUACCGAUGUCCGAUAUUGAAAAAUGUGCCGAUAUUACCGAUCUCCGAUAUCGGAUAUCGCAUAUCGGGCCAUCACUAGUUUCAAAUACAGUAACCUCAGUUAUAAAAUCAUUUUGUUCUCAUGAUAUGCUUUUUAUUACUUUCAUUUAUGUAACACUACGUGUUUUGAACUGUUCCAUUAAAUAUUCAGUGUACAUUACUCUUUUAACAGCUCUCUGGCAGUUAUUGUUCUCAAGACAUGCCUCACUCUCCCAUGAUUUUUACAUGUGCUUUCAAUGGGCCACGGCUUUGUAGAAUCAGUUUAAAUUCGACAACCGGUUUUUUAGAUACUGAUCAUUUUUGAUCUGAUGGUGUAAUGGUUAAGAUAUGUUUCAGAAACAGAAUAUGUAAAUACCAGUUAGGUAUUAAAAUUAUGCAUGGUAACAAUAGAAGUAAAGAAGAACAUCCAUUGAAGAGACAGGACACAAAACUUUUCACCAUGUGGUCAAACAUUGAGUGAUUUUUAUAAUUUUAUUUAUGUAUUUCGUGUGAUAUUAGUAUCAUACAUCAGUUAAAUAAAUAAUUUUAAAUGUUCCCACUGAAUAUGGUCUGUGCUACGGAAACGAAAUGCUGUAACUUUGUGCUGUUUGACUAUGACCACCUUGUUACGACUGACCGCAGUAUUAUGUAAAAUAGCAUUGUAACAACUGACCUAGAGCGUGUAUUUGUGUAACUGUAUCCAUAAGAUUUUUGUACUUUCACUUUUCCCUCUUUUAAUUGGUCGCUUUUGAGUUAAUUUCUUCAGUAAGUCAAUCAUGUAGCUUAUUAAAAACUGAAUUAUUUUGAAGUUUAAAAUGCAGUUCAAAUGAAUUUUAAAUAAAUAAUUAUGUGAUUUCUGGGAUAUUUUUUGAUAACGAUUGCAUAUCUUUUCCAAAGGAAAUGUUUUGAAGCAUAUAAUUAGUGCAUUAUAUAGUCAAUUUUUAUGUCAGAUGGUUCAUAAAUUUUCUCACCAAUAUAAAAAUAGAGCAAGUUUAAAAAAAUCUAUUUAUUGAGAUACAAUUAUUAAAAUUAUUUGAGAGUUAUUUUUUUCUGAGCCUAAACCUCUAAGUAAGAAUACAUAUUGGCUACUACAGUAGAAUCCCGCCGAUGCGACCCCCCUCUGAUGCGUCCAUUCCGUUUAUACGACCGUUUUUUGAGAAACCAUGAAAAAUUUGAGCAGAGAAAGUCGAAAAUUUGAGUAAAAUCGGCUGAAAAACAAGUCAGUUACACUUUGUUGGGCGCUGUGUGUUCACGUUUAUCUUGGCGAGCGCUGUACUGUAAGCAGGCAGGCAUACAAAAGACGGCUAAAAAUAGAUACCACCUCUCUAGACUGUCCACGCUAGCCAAUACCGGUAAACUGCGCGCAUCACCUGAUAGCAUCUACGCGCGCGUCUAUUGCCGUCCCAGUCUCGUGCCUUUGUCUUGCGACUGGUUAGUGUGAUCUUGCCAGCUGCAUCUCAGGUGUCACUGGCCACACAAAGCCGUGUUCACUGUGUUAACGACGUCGCCAAGUGUUUGGUUCUCGGCUAUUUUUCUAUAACAUCGCUGACUUCACACAUGCGCAGAUAAACAAAAAAAAAUGCGUGGAAUUAUGCUAUACACCUUGGACUCGCAUACCCCGAACAAUGGGUUCCGAUAAAUACUCGCGCCAAGUGAAUUCGCGUCACGCGAGUUCGGCUAUGCUAGUCGGCUGGUGGUUAUUUUCGUUCAAAACGUGGCGAAGGAACAUGUGUGGAUCAGGUAGAAAACAUUCGGCUAUAAACGAAAGAUAUAAGAACAAUGCUAUCCUGAAAUGCUGUGACAUGUUUUUGGAGUAGAUAAUCACAGCGACAGACCGACAGGAUGCGCUUCCGCCCUUGCCGUCAGCGAUGUUUAUUUUGACAGCUCAAGCAAUUAUCUUUUCCACGUCCCUUCACAGCGUAAAAAAAAAAGAUGAAAAAAACACGUUAGAAUGCAGAUGGAAAAGUAACUUUGCAGUAAAAUAAAUAUAUUUAUGGCCCUGCUAAAUUUUUCUAUUCAAUAAAAUUUGAGGUAUUAGUGAUUUUUCAGCAGAAAUUGCUGUGUGACUAAUAAACAAAUUUUAUCAUAAUAACUUAUAAAGUAUUUAUUAACGGCGAAGGACAGUCGUAUAAGCCCAUAAAAAUAUUUAUUUUACCGAGAAUGGACUAUACAACCUGGCUUUUGCCGCACUCGGUGUGGGAGGGGAGGAGGAUGCUGACAGUUUCUCACGCAGAAGGUUGAAAUAAGGGAGGGAAUGUGUUGAAAUGUUAGUUGGAAAAGGAGGGGAAGGUGUUUUUACAUUGUUUGUGGCUCUGGGAGGGAUUAACCUUGAAGAAUUAGCAGGGGAUUGAGAGGUAAGCGUCACGUCACGUAUGACGUCAAGCCGCCGCUACUGCCAGCCUGGCCGGACGAGUUUCUCACGCUCUCUCAGCGGCUUUUUGUGCGAGUGGGUAAGAUAACAUGACAGCUGAGACUGCUUUUCGUGCGAUAGUGGACGCGCCGAGCUCGGCUAGACACUGCCCGAGCGGCAUUCACGUGUAUGUAUCUGGCAAUGUGGCGAUACCCCGAAUUCUCUAUUACGACCAUUCCGUUUAUAAGUCUGUUUUUCCGGAAACCGUGAGGGGUCGCAUCAGUGGGAUUCUACUAUAGUUAUAUUUUUUUCCAUUACUUGUCAACACAGAAGUUUUGUAUGCAUGAUAUUCAGUGACUCAAUACAGUUACUAAUAAGUCUGCAGUUUGUAGUUGGUUGCUGUUUUUAUUGUAUUUGUAUUAUUUGUAUGGUAUUUAGUCUUUUUGUGUUGGUUAGUUUGUCAUCAAGUUUAGUUCAAGUGCUCUCUUCUGCAUACAAUUUCAAAUUUAUCUAUGUAUAAAAAACCCAUUAUCAAUAUUUAUAAUAGGCCUAUGUAUUGUGUUAAGUAUUCACAGGUUACUUGAUAUAUACUGGAUGUCAUCACAGCUCUAGUAAAUUCACCAGGUACUUACACGUAUUCUUAUUCUUUGCUACAAGUAGAAUUGUCUUUCAUUUUCACUUUAAGUUUCUUCUUCUUCAGUGAGUCACCAGAGAUUUCUAAUGGCGAGUGCUGGUUGACCAAUCACGUUCUCCCGACUUUUUAAUGCAACAUAUCAGUACAUAUUUGUUGUUUCCAUAAUGAAAGAUAAAUCUGUCUGUCAGCCAACAGAAGAUACUAAACGAGUUUUGAAAUUAAAUGCACUAAACUGUAUGUGAGUUUGGGUAGGUAACAUUUUUUGAUACUUAUUUGUGUCUUAACCCAUUUCAAAGUUUCUAAAACCGGUUGCUUGCAAAUUUUGCGGUGGUGACAUUUAGUUAGUGACUUGUACAUGUCUUUCCUUUGCAAGUCAUGGGAAUGUGGAAGAAUACUUUUUUAUUUGCCUGACUAUAGUCUGUAACAGUGGAUCCAGGCAAUAUGUACUUCUGCCAUUGGUGAACCACUCUGUGUUGUAAAGAAGUUGUUUCGUGAUUUUCUUGCCAAAGAGAAGCUGUUUGUGAAAGCACUGGGCAUUAGCAAACUUUAAAAAUUAUAUAACAAACCCUAUUAAAGUUUGUCUCUUAGUUUUUGAUUGUUUCCCCAAUUGUUGUCUGUUGGAAAUUUUUUCCCUAUUUUCUUCAAUGAGCUGGCAUUCUGUAAUAUGAGUUAAGGCAUGAAUGCACAAAUCAUCACAUCUGUAUUGUCUUGCUAUUUCAAGAAUGUAAUCUAGUACUUAAUGCUUUUUUUUUAUGUAUCACAAGUAAAAAAAGGUGUGGAAUGUUAAAUUUUUUGUAUUUACGGUAUGCUCAGUGUAUUAUUAACGUAAAUAUGGAAUUAUGUUUGUUACUUGCCUUAUGUUUGCUAAAUUACCUGUUUUAAAAAUUUCUUUCUACAUGUUCUAGUCAUAUAUUUUAUUACUUAUUUUUAUAGCCAUAUCAGAAGAUAUUUUAUUGCAAUUAAAUGUUUUUUCUCAUAA